AUGUUCAUUUCUUCCUUAUCGGAACAGAUCAUCAAUAACAACAACACGAUGAGCAUCAUUCACGAACAACAACAACAAAUUCACUACAGAUAUGCCUUUCUUCAUGGGUUUGCCUCUGCUCCAAGCACUCGGAAGGGUCAACAUUUAAAACAAUUUUUUGCUCAUCAAUCACCCAUAGCGAUUGAAUUAUUGAUUCCCGAUUUGAAUAUUCCAUCUUUUGAAGAAUUACAAGUUUCACUUAUUCUUAAAUUCUUGGAAAAUAGAUUGGUUUCAAAUGUACAAGAAAAAAUUGAUGAAAAUCACAUUUCAAACGUAAAAGUGAAAUGGAGAAUUAUUGCGAGCUCUUUAGGAGGUUUUAUUGCUACUCGAUUUACAGAGUUGUAUCCGGAACGAGUUGAUGCUUUAUUAUUAUUGGCUCCAGCGUAUGAUCUUGCAGAACGAUGGAAAAAUCGAUUUGCUUUACAAGAAUGGAAAUCGAAUGGAAUUCUUUCUUUUUACAAUUACAAGGAAAAAUGUAUGAAAAAUGUCAAGUAUAUCUUUUAUCAAGAUUUGAACGAGAAUCAUCCAGGAUUUCCAAUCCCUCACAAGCUAUUAAUACAACUGUGCAAGAAUACAAAUCAGAAAGAUUUGAAAACAAAUUCUCCCACGCUGGCCAUUGUUCAUGGAAAACAUGAUGCAAGUGUACCAUUAGAAACGACGGAAGAAUUUAUAAAAAGAUGCAACGAGGCAGUUCCUGGAAGUGGUGAUGCGAUUGAAUUACAUGUGGUGGAGGAUGGACAUGAAUUGACAGAACCUUCGACCUUGAGCUUGUUGGAGAAGAUAAUUUCUGAGAAGUGGUUGCUGAAAACGCAACAUUAA